ACAGCUAGUAACAGAUGAGGUACUUAUUAAAGAUUGACCGAGAAUCAACACUCGAAUCUAAAAAUAGCGGUGGAGGCGGAGCGGAUCCUGCCCGCUCACUCCCUCCUCGCGACCCCAACGCCUAACGCCAGUACAAUUCACACGCGCUUGCGGCAAGUCGAGUCGACGUUGACCGAACAUAGACACACCAACCUGCACCGCGCCCCCGCCUGCUGUAAACUUUUUGUUUUGUGUAAAUCCUCGGGUAUACAAUUGAAGUGAGUGGUAGUGAAUUCAUCAUACCUCUGCCGGAUUUCCGCUGCUGGCCCGCUUUCAGCGCCGGUGCAGAGGCGGAAGCCUACGAGUUCUGACUGACAGAUCUGACAGAAACUAUUGACAACCGGUAUUAUUCUUUUCAAAUAUCUUGGCGGCCGAAGGUCAUCGGCGCGCUGUGCAGUACCCGCUACUCCCCCCUACACAUAAAAUUGUGUUCUACGCAGCUACUAGCGCGAAGUUGAAAGCCGCUAAGAUAUCUGAAAACAGUGAUAUUACUUGUGAUCUACACUCAAAAGCUUAUCGAGAGAAAUGACGCGCGUGCGCGGCUCGUGGCGGCGCUGGGGUGCGGGCGCGCUGCUGCUGGCGGCGGCAGUUGCGCUAUUUCCGCGCGUGUCGCAGCAUUGGCGCAUCUCCGCGGACUUCCCGCUCGUCUCGUCUCACCACCUCGCCCACUACCUCGCAGACUUCACCAACCAUCCCAAACUCGACCCUGAAAUCGGAGCGUGGUCGGUGGAGGAGGAGGAGGGCAACUACACGUGGUGGCGUUAUACGGUGCGCUACGAGUGCGGCGCGAGGUGCGCGGGUCGCGUGCGCGUCCAGCACGCGGCGGGCGCCGCCAGCGCGGCAAGUGUGCGGCACGGCACCGCCGCCGAACACGACCUGCGCGUGCUGGACUCGCGCUGUACGCAUCUGCCGCUGCUACCAUGGCCUUGGUUUUGUGAGGAAACCGAAUUCGAGAUGAGGAUAGAGCAGGUGGGGAGCGGGGCGCGGCUGCUGGAGAACGCGCGCGGCGCCUGCAGCGUGCCACUUGCACUGGCAGGUCGCUGCAAUAUGCGCGAGCGGAGGGCCUCCACACUCGCCGCUUUGCGAAGCGCGCUGUAGUUCACUGAACGGCAAAAGUUAAAAGAUUUGUAAUUA